UUUCCGGGUGACCUCAAGUUUUGUAGCUGCUAUAACUUUUCAAUGAUAUCAGGAGCUUUAAAUAUCGCGGAUAUCUUCUUUUCUGUGUAAUUGACCGAAUAAUGUAUUGUGUUAUAUGAUUGGGCGUAUUUUUAUUCUGUGGCACGUUAAUAUCCAUCAAAACUGAAACUUUUUUUAUACUAGUUUUAGCUAAAAGAGCUAGGCUAAGCUCUUAUGGCACCUCUCCGAAUUCUAUGUAUCCACGGUUACCGUCAGAACGGAUGUUCGUUCCGUGAGAAGACGGGAGCUCUGCGGAAGCUGCUGAAGAAACAAGUGGAGCUUGUUUACAUGAAUGCACCGCUUACUGUGCAGCAAGAGGUUUCAGACAGCAACAAUGAUCCAGUUCCUGGAUCUGGAGGCGAUGAGGACCCCAGGGGUUGGUGGUUUUCUGACAUCCAGGCUCAGCGUUUCUGUGCUCAGCAGCAGUGUGAGGAGAGUCUGGGCCUCAGUGAGAGUGUGACAGCUGUGAGAGAAGCCGUGAAUGCCCAAGGUCCAUUUGACGGCAUCCUGGGUUUUAGUCAGGGAGCAGCUUUUGUAGCCAUGCUGUGCUGUCUUCAGGAGCAAAAGCUGGAGCCGGAAUUCAACUUCCGCUUUGCCAUUCUUGUUGCUGGUUUCCGCAGCAAGUGUAAGGAGCACCAAAAGUUUUACAAUGCUCCCUUCCAGAUCCCCUCUCUGCAUGUGUUUGGACUGGAGGACAAAGUCAUCCCUGACUAUAUGAGCAGAGAGCUCCUCACCUCCUUCCAAGACCCUCAGGUCCUCAUACAUCCUGGUGGCCAUUUUGUUCCUGCGGCAUCUGCUCACAGACAAACAUACCAGGACUUUCUAAAACGCUUCCAGUGAAACAUAAAAGUCACAGUAACCCAAUCAACAAAGUAAGGCUCAACCAGUUAGACAAAGGAAGGUAUUGUUGAAACAACUGGUUCCACAAGCAGAUAGGAUUAAAAUGCUCUUUUUUUUCUUCUUUCUUUUAUUUGAUCCACCCAAAGUUAUAUGAGGACUAUCUUUCUUUUCAGGGGAAUUAUGUUGCAGCAACAAUAAAUAAAACAAAAUUUU